AUGGAAGAUACCAGCAGUGUUGCAGUAUUGGUACCUGGUAUUGGUGAACAAGAAGCUGUAUUGAUUUCUGAAACUGUCAUCAGUCCAUCAUUGGAAAUAGGUGAUGAACAGAGAAAAUAUAAAACAGAUCCACUUAUUGAUGUUAUCCAGAAAUUGAGCAAGAUUGUAGAAAGUGAAAAGUCACAGAGAUGCCUUUUAAUUGGGAAAAAACGCUCUCAUCCAAAUGCUUCAGUGCUCUCUCUUGAAACACAAGACCUUUGUGAGAUUCCAGCCAAAACAAUUGAGCUACCUGCUACUGGCAGCAAAAAGACUGAGGAGUUGCAAAGAGAUUAUUAUAUCACUGAUUAUUUUCAAGAGAAUAAUAGAAAGACUAUGUGUUACCAGUGCAGUCUUUGUAAGUUCCUAUCUUCUUCUUUGUCUGUGUUAAAAGAGCAUAUCAAACAGCAUGGUCAACAAAAUGAAGUGAUAUUAAUGUGCUCUGAGUGCCAUUUUGUAUCUAAGAGCCAAGAAGAACUUGAAGCUCACAUUUUAAAUUACCAUGGAAGUGAUGCCAAAAUUCCUGUUGAAUCCAAAGUUCAGCAGUGCACUGGCCUCUCCAACCCCUCGCAUCAGGGUACAAUAGAAGGGAAUCUCAAAACAGUUGAGGAUCUCACAAUGAACUUGGACAAUAAUGACGUGCAAACAAUCCGAGCUUCUUCUAUUGCAGAAAUAGGAAGGAGAAAAUGGUAUACAUGUGAACAAUAUGGUAUGUACCGAUGCUUGAUUUGUAGUUAUACUUGUGGUCAGCAGAGAAUGUUGAAAACACAUGCUUGGAAGCAUGCAGGGGAAGUAGAUUGUUCCUAUCCAAUUUUUGAAGAGGAAAAUGAAACUCUUGGAUUAUCAGACUCCUCAGCUACCACAGCUCAAGGAGUUGAAACAGUAGUUCUUGCUUUAGAGGAUGAAGAGCUGGGUAUUCAUAGUGCGCAGUCUGUUCAGGUGCAAAUCUGUAGUUCAGAGCAACUGUCAUGCAGAUCUGUUGAACAAAAUAGAGAAGUGAGUGAAAGCCUAAGACAGUCUGCUACCCUUGACCCAAAUGGAGAAGAAAUAUUGGAGGUGAUAUCUGAUACAGAGGACAAUCUAAUGGCUGAUAGCCUACUUUCAUCAGCACAGAAAAUCAUUAACUGCAGCCCAAAUAAAAAAGGUCAUGUUAAUGUAAUAGUGGAACGUUUGCCUAGUGCUGAAGAAACAGUAUUACAAAAACCUUUUCUGAUGAAUACUGACAUGGAAGAGGAAAAAAACCUGAUUUCCACAAAAACCCAGAUUGUACGUGAAGAAACAGAUGAAGCUUAUCAUACUGAUAAAAGCACUGUUGAAAUUGAAGAGGUGAUCAUAGGAUGGAGCAAUCCUGAGAAGAAAGACAAUGAGAUAAUUUCAAAUAAAGUUUUGGCUGCUGAUGAGAAUGCCCCUCCAGGCCGGAGAAGGACAAAUUCAGAAUCCCUAAGGCUGCACUCUUUAGCAGCAGAAGCUCUAGUAACAAUGCCUAUAAGGGCUGCAGAAUUAACACGAGCCAGUCUUGGCCACUAUGGGGAUGUAAACCUUUUAGAUCCUGAUACUGGGCAGAGACAAGUUGAAAAUACUAUAGCAGCAUAUUCUAAAUUGAUGUCUCCACUUAAUUCUUCAGAAGUGUUAACUAACUUUAACCAAAGUGAUUCUGCAUUGGUAGAAAUUACUGAGGACAAACAGGAAUUGUCAGAAGUUCCCGUUAAAAUGGGUAUCAGUAUGUCUCUGCUCACUGUAAUUGAAAAAUUGAGGGAAAGGACCGACCAGAAUGCUUCAGAUGAUGACAUUUUGAAAGAAUUGCAGGACAAUGCACAGUGUCAGCCUACUGGUGAUACAAGCUUGCCUGGAAGCAGCUUAGUAGAAUUUAUCCCUAAUGCUGAUCGACCAUACCGUUGCCGGUUAUGUCACUAUACUAGUGGUAACAAAGGUUACAUUAAACAGCACUUGCGAGUUCACCGGCAGAGACAGCCUUACCAAUGUCCUAUUUGUGAACACAUAGCUGACAACAGCAAGGAUCUAGAGAGCCACAUGAUCAAUCACUGUAAAACCAGGAUGUACCAAUGCAAACAGUGUGAAGAAUCUUUUCAUUAUAAGAGCCAGCUGAGGAACCAUGAAAGAGAGCGACAUAAUGUUCCAGAUAAUUUGUCAAAAGUAAAUCCAAAUGAACCAAUAGUUUCAAAUGAGGCAGCUGAAGGAAAAUGUGUUCGGGAAGGUAAUAGAUCUUCAAUCCAGAGGCUAUAUAAAUGUGAUGUGUGCGAUUACACAAGUACAACCUAUGUUGGUGUCCGGAAUCACAGGCGAAUCCAUAGCUCUGAUAAGCCAUACAGGUGUUCUUUGUGUGGAUAUGUAUGUAGCCAUCCUCCUUCUUUGAAAUCCCAUAUGUGGAAACAUGCAAGUGACCAAAAUUAUAACUAUGAACAAGUAAAUAAGGCUAUCAAUGAUGCCAUUUCACAAAGUGGCAGGGUUCAAGGACAAUCCCCUGGAAAGAUUUUAUCAGACAGCACUGAUGAAAAAACUAAUUCUGUUGUGGGGAUUUCAGAAAAUUUGGCAUCAUAUUCAGAAACAGUUCAUCAGUCUCCCAGUGAAGUUAUAGGGCCCAGUGAGAAUAAAAAACUUAGCCCCACAAAGAAUAAUACCUCACAGAAUUCAGAAAAGAAUCCCAAACAGGCUCCUCCCAAUAUGGAAUACUGUGUUUUGCUCUUCUGUUGUUGUAUUUGUGGUUUUGAGUCUACUAGCAAAGAAAAUCUCUUAGAUCAUAUGAAAGAGCAUGAGGGUGAAAUUAUAAACAUAAUUCUAAAUAAGGACCACAACUCAACUCUAAGCACAAAUUAAUUGGAAUAAUUUUCUUGGCAGCAGCUCUAUCUUUGUUAAUAUCAAUUGAGGUACUGGAUAAAGAGGAAAUUCCUUGAGUGAUAUUCUUGUAAAUGGAAAGUGUGAUUUUGGUGAACUAAAUCCCUAUUGCAAUAAGAGAAGGAACUCUAAAUGGGGAGUACUUAAUAAGGAAUAAAUAGUCCCAGUUAGGGGGAGGAAAUGAGAAAACAAAGUUGAUAUUGAUCCUGUGUUCCUCCAUCUUGUGCCAAAUUUUUGCAUUUCCAAAUACCUAUUGUAGACAUGGACAAAGGAAUUGAUAGAAAGUGUUUUCAGGAACGAUUGUAGUAAAAAUAUCUCAUUUAUUUUUUGGCAAAGGUUAUCUAUCCUUUCCAGCUGAUGGCAUAAUAACUCUUGGGGUAGAAAGGAAUUUUACCUAAGAAAAACUAGAUCUGUUCUCAGUGUUACUAAAAAGAAAGGUAAGAUCAGAAAGGAAGCAAUGGUCAAGUGGGACAAUAGAGUGUUUUCAGAUUCUUAAUUAAUUUGGAGUUAAUAUUUGGAAUCCCAUACUGAACUGAAAGGAAAUAAUCAUCCAGUCAGGGUUGACAUAAAUAGUAUUUGAUCCUAUGUUUAUGUGAACACAAAACUUAGCAACCUCUAUAUUCAAAUUUAGUUUGCAAGUAGACAUUUUAAAAGUAUUAUAAUUUAUGUAUAUGGGGUCAUCUUUAAGGAGGGGAUAAGAGAGAAAUAACAGGUAAUCUUUCCCUCUAAAAAUCAGAAAUCCAGUUUCAUGGAAAUAAUUACAAAAGUGCAGUAUUCAUAUUACCACUAAAAGGCUCAGUGAUAUUCAGAGCAUUGUAAUUUUAUAAAUAGGAAGACCAUUCAAUCCCACCUCCCAAGUAAAAGCAGGCAUGCUACCAGAUAGAAGUUUAUUAAAACUUUUAAAUAUGAAGAAUUUCAUUUGUUGAUUGCUAAACCAUUUUUAUGACAGCUGUCAUCCUCUAAGUAAAAAAAGUGUGUGAUAGUUUUUUCUUUGACAAAUGGUUUCUCUUUAAAUCAUUUAAGAUAAAGAAGGAGAAAUUUGAUGGCACUUAAAAUGAGGAUUUCUGUUAUUUUUGUUUUAAUUUACAAAGUUUAUGAAUGUCAUAGUUUUAUAUUUACCUGCAAAAAUGGGAUAAUAAGCAUAAGUGCUGUAUCCUGAAAAAUCCAAAUCACCUAUAGAAGUUUAAAUAAACAGGGUUUAGUAGUCUUCAAGGAUAUGUUUUACCUAAGAAAAAUAUAGAAGUUUAAUAUUCUAUGAGGGAGAGAUAUGAAGAGCUUUUUUUUUUUUUUUUUUUUUUUUAAGGCAAUUGCCUUCAAACCUGCUAUCAUAUAGAUAUAAUUCUCCCUUCUAGUUUUUCAACAAUUACAAGUUUGGUGUAAGAAACUUUAUUAUAAUGUAUUUCAAAGAGUGAUAGCAAGAAGGAUGUUUCUUUUGUAUUUAUUAUCACGUAUUUAUGCAUAAUUUCUGUUACAGAAAUAAGCUGUAACUACAGAUCUGAAAGGCUGGUGUACGCCCAGUGCACCAUGUUCAUGGUGCUAUUUCUGCAUUUAUUUUCUAAUAUCUUCCUGAUCAAAGACUGUGAUGCUGGGCAACUUAGAAUUUGUUGGGGGUGUUAUGUAUACCUUUCUUACUUGAGGUAGCAAAAUAAGCUUCAAAGUCUACAAAAUGGAGUUAAAUUUUUAAGGUGUCCUUAUGGAAUACUUUGAGUUACAGCACUAUCUGAUGUGUUUUUUUACAUUAUAAUUUGACAAUGACUUAGGUUACACAUGCAUAAGUAUAUUAAAUAAAAUUGAGAUUUUUACAGCAAUGUCAUAUAGUUCAUUAAUUAAAAUUGCCUUUUGCCCUUUUAUUGUUUUUUAAGUCCAUUUGAGAUUUUUUUUAACUGCAAAACAUUUGUAUGUAAUAUAUCACUGAAUCCAAUGUGUAUGGAAUAACAAGAAUUUUACAUUUUCUUAGUGUCCUCUUUUCAGAAUCAAAAUGCAAUUUAAUUAAUUUUGAAUAAGAGACAAAUAUUUUGAUGAUAACAUUGUCGUCACAAUAGUCAGAACUGAUAUUGUGGGCCAGACAUUUUUAUUUCCAGUCAUUAAAUUUAGAGGAUAUAAUUUUAAGGUUUUUUUUUUUUUUUUUUAAGUAUAGAAGGACAACUUUAA